GUCGUAGGUAAAACCAUAACCUCACAUAACGGCAAUCGAUUUUGUACAACGAAAGCUGUAAGCAGCUCUUCUGUCAAACGGAUGCACAUAACCUUAGUUUAUGACUGAAAAACAAUAAGACGUUCCUUUUUCAAUACUCCAAUCGAAUACUUCUACAGAGAAAAUAUACCUUAACCGGAAGACUUGCACAAUGAAUCGAUCGAUUUUGGGCCAAGUGCAAAAGUUGAUUGUGUCAACACAGAGUCAAUUGGCGCCGAGCCGAUCGAUUCAUGCAUCGGCCGUGUGUUUAAAAACGUCGUCGGGAAAAUACAAAAUAACACCAAAACGAGAUCGUCCGUUAACGUAUGAAAUGGCAAAUCCACCCUACCAAAUUGCCACCCGAAAAGCUUGGAACUCGUGGAAUUGCGCGAAUUUACAAGAUGGAUUGCGACCGUGUCAAACGGUUGUCGAGGAUAUGUUCAUUCGGAAAUUCAUCACCGGCACAUUUCAUUCGUUGGUUUGUAGCGAAGUCAUCAUAAAGCGACAAUUUAAUCAUAUUCGAAUUGCGUUCCUCAUGCGCCGCGGCAUCGCACCAAACAAAGUCUAUUUCCUAAUCGGUUACACGGAGGAGCUAUUGUCGAGUUGGAUGCAAUGCCCAAUCACACUCGAAAUCCAGACGAUUGCAAAACAAGAAGAUACCAUUUUCAAGUAUAUUUAGAUACGAGCAUUACUUAUUAUGUAGAAUCUUAGAGAGAGAGAAAAAAACGGUACAAAUGCACUGGUACGAUACGGUUGUCAUCGUCCUUGUAGAUACGAAAGUAUGGAAUUUAUUGAAAAAAAAACAAAGCGUUUAUGUUUAUUGUUUUGGCUUUAAAUUUAUUUUGGAUAUAUUUUUCAUUUAUUCGACAGUCAGUUUUUUUUCUUCAAUGGAACUUAACACACAGAUAAUGUCAAUGGUUCAUCAAGUGGAUAACAGAUUUCUACAAAAAGAAUAUAGGUUGAAGUAAAUGAUUUUUCCUUCUUCAUUUUUUUCAAGCAAAUUUUCAUGUAUACACACACAGCUUUUACUAACUAAUUUACCUGCCCGUCGAUUAUUCAAUAAUUUAUGCUUUUGUCUUUGCAAGAAGAAACAAAAAAUUGAUUACAACAA